CUUACCUUAACCAACCCACCAAAUCGCUCUCAUCCGGGAGAGAAAAUCAAUAUAAAAAACGGAUAAUAUAUAUAAUGACACAACCUAAAGCAAGCGGCUCAAGGCACUUAACAUUCGACCCCUGGAACUCCGCCUCAACAGGCCACCAACGCGGCGAAUCAAACCCAGGCACAGCAUGGCAGCGCACCCGGGAAGCAAAACUCGCCCAGCAGCUGCGCACGGGAGACUGCACAAUAAACCCAUUCGCGUAUGGCGAUGCGCAAGAGAAGGUCUAUGAGAAGGGCGAGUGGGAGUGGGAUUGGGGUGGUGAUGCCAAAGGUGGAAGAGGUGGUCCUGGUGGUGGGAGGAGUAUGCCUUCUAGAAGAGCCGGGGCUGGGCCGGAUUCGAAGCAGAGGGAUAUCAGGAGUAUGAUGAAGGUAAGGAAGGCCGGGGGUGGGGGUAGUGAUUCCUUGGGCAAGGCUGUGAAGGACAAGAGUGCGGGAUCAUCUUUACCAGCUUCGACUCAGGUUCCUGGGCCAGUGCACACGCCAACACCAACAUCAACACCGAAACCAAAUCUACUGGAAGAGUCUGAAGAUAGACUAGAGCAAACGCCCGGCGCAGUCGGUGGGAACGACGGUGCCGCCUCAGUCAACCACAAAUCAAUACCCGAACAACCACCAACAAAGCCCAGCAAUGGCACCGGUAUCGAAUCAACCAUGUUCCGUGGAACAACAAUCUACAUAAACGGACAAACAGCGCCUCUAAUAUCUGACCACAAACUGAAGGGGCUGCUCGUCGCCCACGGUGCAACAUUAUCUCUAUCCCUGUCUCGACGGGUAACCCACGUUAUCAUCGGGAAACCGAAUUCGGGGCCUGGGCGUGGCGGGGCUGGGGGUGGGUUGGCUGCUGGGAAGAUCCAGAAGGAGAUACAGAGAGGUGGCUGGAGGGGGAUGAGGAUUGUUGGUGUUGAGUGGGUGUUGGCGAGCGUGAAAGCCGGGAAAAGGGUCCCUGAGACGAGGUUUACAGUUAACUUGUCUAAUCAAAGGAGUGUGCUGGGCUUCAUGUAGCAAAGUUCGCUUUUUUGUCUCUCAUGCUUAUGUUUAUGCUUUAUUAAGUCUAAGAUACCCUCAUAUCACAUUAUUAUAUCAUAUUUAUACAUUAUCAUAUAUAUCGUGUCAUGCUUGUGUU